GACUCGGGAGGGGAGGGGAGGGGGGAAGAGAGAGAUUCAAGGAAGCGGCACUUCCGGCCCGGCUGGUGUGAGGGAAAGAGGACGAGACGGGCGGCUGUGCGCUUUGCGGCAGCGGCGGGGAAACCGGCGGAGAGGCGCCAUGCGGUGGGCGGCCGCGCGCAGGCUGGCCCCGCCGCCCCGGCUGCCCACAGAAGCAGCUUUUAUGAUGUUCCAUUGUGGGACUAGAUUAUGAGUGCCAACAAGAAUACCCGCUACAAUCGUUUCUCCAGCAGUAACACUCCAACAGUAACACUCCCAGAAAACACAAACGGGACAAGAAUGGAAACUACUUUUGGACCUACGUAUUCUGCUGUGACUACCAUCACCAAAGAUGGAAGUAGUUCAUACAAACAACAUCGCCCGACACCCUCCUCCUCAAGUACACUCCCCUUUGCCUCCCGAGAUGAGGAUGACAGCAUGCCGCCAAUCACCCGUCGGUCUGACUCUGCCAUCUCCGUUCGUUCAUUGCAUUCAGAGUCCAACAUGUCCCUCCGCUCAACGUUCUCUCUCCAUGAGGAAGAGGAGGAGCCAGAGCCUCUGGUGUUUGCUGAGCAGCCUUCUGUGAAACUCUGUUGCCAGUUGUGUUGCAGUGUGUUUAAAGAUCCCGUGAUCACGACCUGUGGGCACACGUUUUGCAGGAGAUGUGCCUUAACCUCUGACAAGUGCCCAGUGGACAAUGCCAAACUGACAGUGGUGGUGAACAACAUUGCAGUGGCCGAACAAAUCGGGGAGCUCUUCAUUCACUGCAAGUACGGCUGCCGGUCCAGCGUGAGUGGCAAGCCUUCAGCCUUCGAGGUGGACCCCCACGGGUGCCCCUUCACCAUUAAACUGAGUGCCAGGAAGGACCAUGAAGGCAGCUGUGACUACCGGCCAGUGCGCUGCCCCAACAAUCCCAGUUGCCCUCCGUUGCUCAAGAUGAACCUGGAGGCACAUCUGAAGGAGUGUGAGCACAUCAAGUGCCCUCACUCCAAAUAUGGGUGUACAUUCAUAGGAAACCAGGAUACAUACGAGACUCACCUGGAAAUGUGCAAAUUUGAGGGUCUGAAGGAGUUCCUGCAGCAAACGGAUGACCGCUUCCAUGAGAUGCAAGUGGCAAUGGCUCAGAAGGACCAGGAGAUCGCCUUCCUGCGCUCCAUGCUGGGCAAGCUUUCCGAGAAGAUAGACCAGUUGGAGAAGAAUUUGGAACUGAAGUUUGAUGUGCUGGAUGAGAACCAGAGCAAGCUGAGCGAAGAUCUGAUGGAGUUCCGGCGAGAUGCCUCCAUGCUCAACGAUGAACUGUCUCAUAUCAAUGCCCGGCUGAACAUGGGGAUUCUGGGCUCCUAUGAUCCACAGCAGAUUUUCAAGUGCAAAGGGACCUUCGUUGGCCACCAGGGCCCCGUCUGGUGCCUCUGUGUCUAUUCCAUUGGUGACUUGCUUUUCAGUGGCUCUUCUGACAAAACCAUCAAGGUGUGGGAUACGUGUACCACUUACAAGUGCCAAAAGACCCUGGAAGGUCACGAUGGGAUUGUCCUGGCACUCUGCAUCCAGGGGAACAAACUGUAUAGCGGCUCAGCUGAUUGCACCAUUAUUGUUUGGGAUAUUCAGACCUUGCAGAAGGUCAACACCAUCCGUGCACACGACAAUCCUGUGUGCACUCUUGUCUCCUCGCACAACAUGCUUUUCAGCGGCUCCCUGAAAGCUAUUAAGGUCUGGGACAUUGUUGGCACUGAGCUGAAACUGAAGAAGGAGCUGACAGGCCUUAACCACUGGGUCCGGGCGCUUGUGGCAUCCCAGAAUCACCUGUAUAGCGGCUCCUACCAAACCAUUAAGAUCUGGGACAUCCGGAACCUGGAAUGUGUACAUGUCCUGCAGACAUCUGGGGGUAGCGUCUACUCCAUUGCGGUCACCAACCAUCACAUUGUCUGUGGCACUUACGAAAAUCUCAUUCACGUGUGGGAUAUUGAGUCGAAAGAGCAGGUUCGCACCCUCACAGGACACGUGGGCACUGUGUACGCUCUGGCAGUCAUCUCUACGCCGGACCAAACCAAAGUCUUCAGCGCCUCGUAUGAUCGGUCAUUGCGGGUAUGGAGUAUGGACAACAUGAUCUGUACCCAGACACUCCUGCGCCACCAGGGCAGCGUCACAGCACUGGCUGUCUCGAGAGGCCGCUUGUUCUCCGGGGCUGUCGACAGCACUGUCAAGGUUUGGACCUGCUAGAACCCGCUUUGGACGCCCCGCUGCCAAAUACACUCCGGCUGACUCCCUACACUCCAAAACGCCCUCCCGAUGUGCUGUGUUCCUUCUCGGCGGGCCUUCAACUCCCCAGCCAGCUGUGCAAGAGCUUUGGGCCACAUACCUCAGCACCCUCUCCCUUCCGCAGCAGCAGAACUCACUGCUGCGCCAUUCCAGCUGCGGUUCCUUGGUCUGGCUCUUCCUGGGAAAGAGAGAGGAGGUCGGUGGACGCCGGCCCAGCUGCAAGCGGUGGCCACAAAGGCUUUACUCCUCAUCAGUAGAUCGUCUUCAAGAGCAGAUUUUCUACGAAGCUGGUUUGGAUCGGUCUGCAUGAGCAGCCAGAGCCGCCUCUCUCUCUCUCUCUCUCUCUCUCUCUCUCUGUCCUGGUAUUUAAAUUAUUUGCUAUGCUCCUUCAUUCGUGGCCACAGCCGGGGAUCAAACCCAUUGUCCUGUCAUGUAAACCCGGUACGAUUUCUAUGUCCCCAGUCCAGCCUUCUUAUCAGGUAUCCUAAACCUGCCCUCCCCUCCCCCGUCCCCUGCCGCCCCCCGCCCUCCCCUUCUUCAGAGCAUCCCAUCAUCACGGCCUCCCUGGGAAAAGCAGGAGAGCCGACAGUUGUGUUUUUACGGACAUUUUCUACUGUUUUUAAAAUUGUGAUAUAGAUUUGGAUUAUUUCUUCCUUACCAAUAAAAUUGGACCAUUGUUUUA